AGACCCCUCUCUCUCUACAGUACACUUUGAACCUCUCUCUCUCUCUCUCACUAACUACUUCGAACUUUCGGGUUCAAAACCGUAACAAUGGCGAAACCCUAAUUUCGUAUAUCGCUCUUCCUCUGGGGGUUUAUUUUUUAGUAAACCCUAAUGUUCUACUUGCUUGAGCUCUGUUUGAACUUCCUUAGAAGGGGUUAUAAGCUUUGAUAGCUCUCUCUGAUCGCGUUUUGGUAGGCUCUCUUUGAUCGGGUGCACGAUUCAAGUGUCUAUAUCGAAUAAGCCUUAUAAAGUCGAAGACCCUAUAAAGUUUGAAAGCCCUAGAAUGGCAGCAAUGGAGGAUCAUUGGGUCACUGGUGACCCUCCUCCCCACUAUUUACCAUCUGAUUUCGAAGCCCUGCAAAUACCUCCCCUUGAUCCGGCUUAUACAGAUGGACUCUUCAACGAUAUGGAUUUUCCUCAGACUUUGAUGGAUGGUAUUGAGUUCUCUGAUGAUGAUCUUAACUUUGACCUUGAUGAUAUUCUCUUGCCAUCAUCGCCAGGUUCCGGCAAUAACAGCGGGGUUUUGCCAGAUUCUGGUCAAAAUUGCCAGUCCUUGAUGAACUCUGGAGAUUCUGGUUAUUUGAGCAAUGGUGAUUCAAGCAUCAACAUCGAGGUACAAGGGUCUCAGAUUCCAGCUUCACUGUCUUCAGAUCAUACUAAUGGAGAUCCGGAAGUGGAUUCCUCUGGUUCAGUUUUGGCUUCCUGUGAUCCUUCGAUCCAAAGUGUUACCAACUCUGAAACUGCAACAUUUUUUCCAGAGAUUAGGGUUUGCACUGACAAUAAGAACCAAUUGUUGAUAGAUUCUGGUAACACGAGCUCCAUGACUGGUUUUUGUGGAACUCGGGAUCCUGGGGUUUUAGGCUCUGAGAGCCCACAAUCUCUACAAUGUAGUCAGGUUUCUGCUGAUUACAAGGAUCGGCCAUCUCCAGAUUCUGGGCACGGGAGCUCGAGCAUGAAUUUUGGUGAUACUUUCACCAGUGGGCUUUCAAAGUCUGAACCUUUGGUUUCUUUUCAAGGGAAAAGGAAGAAAGCGAGAGAAGAUGGAUCUCCUAGUUCUAACAACGAAGAGGAGGAGAAGAAGAAGGCGAGGCUUAUGAGAAACAGAGAGAGUGCUCAGCUUUCACGACAGAGGAAGAAGCAUUAUGUUGAUGAGCUUGAAGACAAGGUAAGAGCCAUGCAUUCAACAAUUGCAGAAUUGAAUUCUAGGCUUUCAUUUGCCACAGCUGAAAAUAUGAAUCUACGGCAUCAAUUGAUUGCGCUCUCCCCAACUUCUAAUGCAUAUGCACAACCCUCUUCGUUACCUUCCCAUUUUCCUUGGGUUCCUUGUUCUUCUUAUGCUAUGAACCCUCAAAAUGGAUUAGGGUUUCCCCCUGGUUCGCAAGUCCCAUUGCUCCCAAUACCUAGAUUGAGAACCCAACAAACUGUAUCUUCAUCUAAAGGUAGGAAAUCAUCGAAGGUGAAUGGGAAAGAUGGGGACGGUUCAAAACCAUCAAAGAGAAUCAAGAAGGUUGCAAGCGUGAGCUUCCUGGGGUUUUUCUUAUUCUUAUUGUUUUUUGGAGGUCUAAUUCCAGUUUUAGACUUUAGACAUGGGAAAAUCAGUGAUCAAGGGGUCCCCCCCAAAGGAAGGGUUUUAAUAAUUAGGGAUCAUGUAAAUACUUCAGAUAAAAGAGAAGUAAUUGAUCUUGUAAAUGGUGACUUUGGAAAAGAAAAUUGGGAUUAUGCUAAGCAUAAGAGAGAUGGGUAUAGGGACUCAGGGAUGGAAGCGAAGCAAAAAGAACGGGGCUCUCACUCACUUCCUUUCUCUGAUACCAAGGGAUCUGUGCGACCUGACAAUGCCAGUGAACCUAUGGUGGCAUCACUUUAUGUUCCUAGAAAUGAUAAACUUGUGAAAAUAGAUGGCAAUUUGAUUCUUCAUGCUGUUCUUGCAAGUGAGAAAGCAGUGGCAUCUUCAGCUGGAAGGGAGAGUGAGAAACAAACCAUGGCUCCAGAUGGUGAAGCUCUGAGAAAUGGAUUGACAAUUGCUAGUGCUAUGACACCUGCUAUACCUGCUGCUUCAAAUGCAGCACUAUAUAGAGAAACUUUGCGUCGGAGAGCUCGUUCUUCCACUUCUAGAAAUGCUUACUUGGAAAAUCAAAAGGCCUCAUCGAUUGAUGGGCCUCUCCAGGAGUGGUUCCUUGAGGGACUUACGGGACCAACGCUGAGCUCGGGCAUGUGCACAGAGGUCUUCCAGUUUGAAGUGAACACAACCAUAAUCCCGAAAACGCCCUCUUCAAAGGCUCGCAAUUCUUCCGAGAACUCACUUUCAAAGAACAGGCGGUUCUUGUACCAUGAUGCUAUACCCCUGCCUGGCAAGACUGUCCUCAAUGAAACAGGGGAGAGUUGGGGUAAGAGAGAAAAAGGAGAGGAGAGAGAAAUUAAGCCCGGAAUGGUGGUUUCGGUUUUGGUGGACCCAAGAGAGGCCAAUGACGAUUCCGUGGGCCCACCAAGCAAGAGGUUAGGGCGUGUAUUUGUUGUGGUUUUGAUAGACAGCAUCAAGUAUGUGACUUACUCUUGUGUGGUGCCGGGACCAAAGGGAUCCAAGCCUCACCUGGUUACCAGGUGAGUGGAGUGGGUUGGUUUUGUAGAGAGAGAGAGAGAGAUCUAACCUGCAGCAUAGGUGUUUGGAGCAAUUUGCCUUGUGCCCUUUUGUGAGAUCAAACUCUGUGCUUACUAAUCAAAAUGAACAAUAGUGUACUAAGCUCAACUCUUAGUACUGUGUUCAUAUAAUCAAAUAUAUAGAUUUAUGGUGA